CCUGCGGAAGCAAGCGCACUGCCGGCUUCCUCGUAGACUGUCGCCGUGGCAAGAGGGCUCUGGCUCGGAAGGCCUGCGGCGGCGAGUCGACAGUCUAGUCGCCGGCCAUGACGGAGCAGCUUCGAGCGGCGCUGGACGAGCACCUGCGCGGCCUGGGCAUCGAAGCGCUCUGCGUGGAACACCCCGAAGUGUUCACAGUUAAAGAGAUGAUGCCUCACGUUCAGCACUUGAAAGGAGCACACUCCAAAAACCUUUUCCUUAAAGACAAGAAGAAAAAAGGAUUAUGGUUAGUGACAGCUCUACAUGACAGGCAAAUCAGUUUAAAUGACUUGGCAAAGAAACUGGGUAUUGGCAGUGGAAACUUGCGCUUUGCUGAUGAAGCAGCCUUGUUGGAGAAGCUGAAAGUUGGCCCAGGUUGCGCAACACCUUUAGCUCUCUUCUGUGACUCAGGAGAGGUGAAGUUUGUGUUGGAUGCUGCCCUUGUGGAAGGUGGUCAUGAGAGGUUGUAUUUUCAUCCAAUGACAAAUUCAGCAACCAUGGGGCUACGCCCAGAUGACUUUCUAAAAUUUCUUAAGUCUACAGGCCAUGAGCCUAUACUUGUCCAUUUUGAUGAUGUAGCAUGAUACCACUUUUGUAUUUUAGGCAUAGCAAAUGACAGUGUACCCAACAAA